AUGUCGAGAGCUCAUCAGGUGUGGAGAAAUAUUACAGGAAAUGAUCCAGAGGCCAGUCGAAUGGAGCGGUCAAUUUUGCGAGCUAAACUACAGAUGGGGCUGCCCCCACCAGUAAGGAGCAAACUGGCAGAGGUGGUCCCCUUAGACACCCCCCUUCACGCCACGGGUCUAAACGGCCAGCCUCUCGCCAUCGUCACCCACCGCACUCCUCAGUUAUCUCUUCUCUCUUCCGGCAAUCACCACGAGUCCCUCGCCUUCCACCUGAUCUCUUCCCCUGCCGCCCCUCUGGUUCUUGGUCUCCCCUGGUUAUCCUCCCAUAACCCCUAUAUCGAUUGGUCGCGGGGGAAGAUCAGGAAUUGGAGUACUUCUUGCCAUUCCUCGUGCCUCCUGUCUGCCCGAGCCCCCGGUGAUCCGGUUCCCCCGGUCUCUCCUCCGCUCCCUCCCGACCUGUCCGGGGUCCCCGAUGUCUACCAUGAUCUGGCCCCGGUUUUUAGCAAGAACCUAGCUCUGUCACUACCCCCCCACCGCCCCUACGACUGCUCCAUAGACCUCCUCCCGGACGCUCCCCUCCCGUCCAGUCACCUGUACAAUCUGUCGCGACCGGAGAGGGAGUCUAUGGAGCAGUACAUUAAGGACUCCUUAGCCGCUGGCAUCAUUCGCCCUUCAUCCUCCCCUCUUGGGGCGGGUUUUUUUUUCGUAGCUAAGAAAGACAAGUCCCUCCGCCCUUGUAUCGAUUACCGGGGGCUCAACGCCAUUACCCUUUUGUCUGUUCGUGGUCGAGGUGGACGCCUCGGACGUGGGCGUCGGCGCCUGCCUCUCCCAGCGCUCCCCAAAGAUAACAAACUGCACCCUUGCGCCUUCUUCUCCCGCCGUCUCACCCCCACCGAACGAAAUUACACCGUGGGGGACCGAGAACUGCUGGCCGUUAAGCUGGCUUUAGAGGAAUGGAGGCACUGGCUUGAGGGGGCUAAACUCCCUUUCCUCGUCCUGACCGAUCAUAAGAAUCUCUCCUACAUCCAAACUGCUAAAAGAUUGAACUCCCGUCAAGCCCGGUGGGCCCUGUUUUUUGAUAGGUUCAACUUCUCCCUCUCCUACCGUCCUGGAUCCCGUAACACCAAGCCUGACGCUCUCUCCCGACUCCACUCCCCGGACGCUCCCCCGAACUCCCCGGACACCAUUCUGCCCCGCACCUGCCUCAUCGCCUCUAUUGUUUGGGAAGUUGAAUCCGCUGUUCGCCGCGCCCAGUCCACUGAACCCGGCCCUGGCCUCGAGCCUCCUAACCGCCUCUAUGUCCCGUCGAGUGUCCGCUCUCAGGUUCUCCAGUGGGCGCACGCCUCCAGAUUCAGUUGCCACCCCGGGAUGGCCCGCUUAAGCGCUCCUGGAUCCCUGCCAGUCAAAUCCUGGAUCCUUCCCUCCUGUCCGACUUCUACCGGGCUCACCCAGACAAACCGGGGGGUCCGCCUGGAGGCGUCCGUUGAGGGGGGGGGCCCCUGUCGCGGUGGCAGCCCGGCUGUCGGUGAGUGUCCUGUUUCUCCUUUCCCUCACAUUCUGGUUUCCCCUGUGCCUCCUCUCUCUCUCUGUGUGUGUGCUCUGUCCCUCCCUGCUCCGGAGCCCGGCUGGCUACCCACACCUGCACCUCGUUUACCUCCAUCCCCGGCCGCCGCACCUGCCAGCCAUCAGCCUCAUCACUGCCAGUAUAUCAACCCCGGCUUUCCACUCCACCCUCGCUCGAUCGUCGCAGCUCUUGACCUGGUUCACUCACCUCUGCCUCCCAGCUCGGCCAGCCGGGCUCGCUCGCCUGCCUCCUCCUCUCGCCGCCUCCACGACACCCCCCCGGCUUCUCCACUCGCACCCCGCCUGGCCCCCCGUCUCCGUGUCCUCACCUACCCCCCUAGCCUCCAGCCUUGUGCCCUCCGUUCCUCCAGCUUCUCGGUUCCCCGAGUCCUCGUCUGCCUCUCCCCCUCCUUCCACCUGCCCUCGCCUCGAGCCUGUUUUUUUCCCUCAAUAAACCUCUUUUUCACCCUCAGCGUUGCGUUUGGGUCCGUUCUGUCUCCCACCGUUACAAGAAGUUCCGGAUCCACAUACUUUGUUAGCCCAAAUUUCUCCUGA